UCAAAAUAACCUUUUUAAUUGUGACAGAACCAGGAAUCUGUUAUUUAAUAACUAAGGGAGUCCUUGUAUCAGAACACUUUUCAUCAAUAAUAAUAGGUUAUUUUUCUAUAGUACCUUAAAAUUUACAAAGCACUUUUCAAAUAUCAUCUAAUUUUAGCCUCACAACAACCCUCAGAGGUAGGUAUUAUUAUUAUUACCAUUUUGCAGAUGAGAAAAUUGGCAAACACAGGUUAAGGGACUUGCUCAAUGGCACAUAUUUAAUAGGUAUCUGAACUAGGAUUGAAUACAGGACUUAUUAGCUCACAAAACAUUAUUGUGUAUUAGUAUUGUUCCUAGUAAAGCUAAAAUUAUUAUUAAAUCAAAUUACUUUUUAAAUUUUGUUAUGUACUUCUUAAUGCCUGGAAUUUGCUUUUCUGCUUAUUUGAUAAUCCCUACAGAAGUAGCAAUUACAUUUUUACUAAUGUUAUUGAUAGUAUCUAUAUACAACUUUAUUGACCAGCUAUGAUAGAAAUGGAGAAUUGUGAAUUGAUAAUAUCAUUAAUUGCAUGUGUGAUGAUUAAAUGAAAAAUCAGUUCUAGUAUGGCUAAAAAGUUAAUUUUUUUUUCCAACAGGAAAUAUGGGAUGUAUAAAAUCAAAAAGAAAAGACAAUCCACCUCACGAUGGAAUAGAUUUGAAGACCCAACCAGUACGUAAUACUGACCGAACUAUUUAUGUGAGAGAUCCAACGUCCAAUAAACAGCAAAGGCCAGUGCUCAAUCAAGGCACUCAACUUUUACCAGGACAAAGGUUUCAAAACAAAGAUCCGGAAGAGCAAGGGAAUGUGGUAAUAGCCUUAUAUGCCUAUGAGGGCCUUCACCCUGAUGAUUUAUCCUUCAAGAAAGGAGAAAAAUUGAAAAUCCUUGAAGAGCAUGGAGAAUGGUGGAAAGCUAGAUCUCUUAUAUCCAAGAAAGAAGGUUUCAUUCCCAGCAAUUAUGUAGCAAAAAUCAAUACCUUGGAAACAGAAGAAUGGUUCUUUAAGGAUAUAACCCGGAAAGAUGCUGAAAGACAGCUUCUGGCACCAGGAAAUAGUGCAGGAGCAUUUCUUAUCCGAGAAAGUGAAACAUUAAAAGGAAGUUACUCUCUCUCUGUUCGAGAUUAUGAUCCACUGCAUGGUGAUGUGAUUAAGCACUACAAAAUUAGAAGUCUGGACAAUGGAGGUUAUUACAUAUCUCCAAGAAUUACUUUCCCCUGUAUCAGUGACAUGAUUAAGCAUUAUCAAAAGCAGCCAGAUGGUCUGUGCAGAAGGCUUGAGAAGGCAUGUAUUAGUCCAAAACCACAAAAACCAUGGGAUAAAGAUGCUUGGGAAAUUCCCCGUGAAUCAAUUAAGCUAGUAAAAAAGCUUGGAGCUGGACAAUUUGGAGAAGUCUGGAUGGGCUACUAUAACAAUAGUACUAAAGUGGCUGUGAAAACUCUGAAGCCAGGAACCAUGUCUGUGCAAGCAUUCCUAGAAGAAGCCAAUCUCAUGAAAACACUUCAGCAUGACAAGUUAGUGAGACUUUAUGCUGUAGUUACCAAAGAAGAGCCCAUUUACAUCAUUACAGAAUACAUGGCAAAAGGGAGUUUGCUGGAUUUCCUGAAGAGUGAUGAAGGUGGGAAAUUGCUGCUUCCAAAGCUAAUUGACUUUUCAGCACAGAUAGCAGAAGGAAUGGCAUACAUCGAGAGGAAGAAUUACAUCCAUCGAGAUCUGAGGGCAGCUAAUGUUCUUGUUUCAGAUUCACUGAUGUGCAAAAUCGCUGAUUUUGGCCUUGCUCGGGUAAUUGAAGAUAAUGAGUAUACAGCAAGAGAAGGUGCAAAAUUCCCUAUCAAGUGGACAGCUCCAGAGGCAAUAAACUUUGGAUAUUUUACUAUUAAAUCAGAUGUAUGGUCCUUUGGAAUUCUCCUAUAUGAAAUUGUAACCUAUGGGAAAAUUCCCUAUCCAGGGAGGACUAAUGCUGAUGUGAUGAUGGCUCUGGGGCAAGGAUACAGGAUGCCACGCAUGGAAAACUGUCCAGAAGAGCUCUAUGACAUCAUGAAAAUGUGCUGGAAGGAGAAAGCAGAAGAAAGGCCAACAUUUGAUUAUUUACAGAGUGUGCUGGAUGACUUCUACACAGCAACAGAGGGGCAAUAUCAACAACAGCCUUAAAACAAAGGAAUACUUUUUUUUCCCAAUUGACAUAUUCAGAUACACACACACACACAUACACACACACACACACACACACCCCAAAAACUGGUUGCACAAGUUAUUUCAAUGUGCCUGGAUUAGCCACUGCGCCUGGUUCCUGAAAGUAAAGGCUGAAAUAACUCAGGAAGAUUCUGUAUACUUUACCCAGAAAGGGAAACCCUGUUUUUGACUGAUGGAACAGAAUUGAAAAGAAUAACUGGGGACUGACUAGCUCAGAGGAUAAACUACUCAUCUACUAGUAACCUUAUCCAUCUAAGCCAAAAUCUGAAUCCAAAUUUAGAAGGGAAAAAAAUAGACCCAAUUAAAAUAUACACAUUCUGACCCUGCCUUUCUAGGUGGGGAUGCGAUAAUUAUUUUAAAUAUAAUUCAUAUCAGCAAAUUGUGGUACACACAAUUGUUUUCAAACCAAAUGUAUUCAUUUAUAAUGUCACCAUCAAUGGUUAUACUGUUGCAGGAGUUCUUUGUAUUUUCCAUAGAUUUGCACUUAUUUAAAAAGGAAGGGGAAAUGUCAUCAAACUACCCAUAUCCCACGUGAAGUCAGUGGCUGAGAAAUACCCACUCCCACCCUCAAAACCUAGUCCCAUAAACAUCAUUCUGCUGCAGGUACAGUUCAGCAGCAGUCUUUUCUUCAGUGGAAAAGGACCAAGAUUUCUCAUUUUAAUGUCAGUGUUAUAUUUUAAAAAUCUAUGUUCUAGAGACAAACCAUAAUCCCAAUGUAUGGAAAUUUUCAAUAACUUUUGAUGAUUUGGGCAUUAGAAACAGCAGUAUGAUUAUGAUGUCUGCAAGAACUUACUCUAGCUAUUCAGUUAAGAUAUUUUGGAAAAGAAAAUGGAAAGACUAAUUCUUUAGCUGCUUACAGUGAUUGAAGAGGCAUUUUUAUUACCAAAUGUUUAAUGUUAACUGCAUCAUAGUAUAUGCAUAAAUGGAUUGAUUUGUUUUUCAUGAUUCAGACUAUGAUUUUUAAGUAAUUGGAGAUUUGUAUGGGACUAUUUGUAGCCAGAAGCAAAGCAAGAAAAAAAAAAUAUUUACUGUCUGUGAUAUGAGGUUCGAAAAGACAUAUUUUUGUUUACUAAAUUUUUCUACUAUCAAUAUUGGAUGACCAAAAAAAGAAAACCUCAUUCUUAUAACAUUUCACUUAUAUUACUAUGUAAAUAUUUAAUAUGUCUAUUGUUUGAUUGUUUUUAUUUCAACAUGCACUGGUUUGAUAACUUUUUUUUACAAAAAACAACAUUUCUAUGUUUGUUGCCUUCCCAAAUACUGUCAAUGUUAAAAAAAAAGACAAAUGGCAGGAGAAAAAAACAAUGUCAUUGAUUCCCUAGAGCUGCUUGAUUAAAGUGACUAAUUUCCAAUUCUACUUAUACAACUUGGUAAUAUCAGGAAUAAAGUAAAAAAGAAAUUGAUCGCUUAGAGGCCUAAAUAUCCUUUCAUGAGUGCAAAAUAGACCAUUUCUUUUCCCACAGGCUUCAAAAUUAAUUGCUGAGAGCCAUUGUCAUUUUAAAUUUUGGAUAUUAAUGGAAAACAGUAGUCCAAUCAAAGGUUUGUUUUUUACCUUAUAUCUCCAUUCUUUCCCUAUGGUUUUAUAAAAUAUACCCUGUCUAAAACAUUCUAUGGUUAACAUUUCCAAAUGCCAUGUCUGCAUGUGUUCUAUAUUUAUAGGUAUAGUAUUGCAUUUAAGCAGGAUCUUCACAGCCAGUACCUUUUUAUUUAUUGUGUCCAUAAAUACUGUAAUUGUCAUCUCAGUACUAUUAGAAUAAUGCACAAUAAUUUGGGGGUCAAGGAGAGAUUCACAAUGUGAAAACAUUUCCAUUAAAGCUCUAAAAUAUAAUCUAUGAUUUCCUAAUAUUUCCCCAUGGUCCCAUUGUCUUUCAGGUUUUCCUCCUUUUAUUACUUUCCCCUUUCAUUUUCUGAAAAUCUUUUCCUAAAAACACAAAACCUGACCUGUCAAAAGAUCUUUCUUCUUAAUCCAUUUUGUUCUUUUCUAUCUUGCCUAGAACUCUUCUGUCUGACACAUAUGCUAGAGACACAUCCUACUUUCCAUGGAACAACCCAAUUCUCUUCAUUUUUCUUAAAAACUCUUCCAGGCUUCUGAGAAUCUUGAGGUAGUUCACAACUGAUAGACAAAAUCAGUGACUGAGAGGGAAGGUUGUGUAAUAUAUUGAUAUCUGCAAUAAUUUAUUGGAUGUCCUUAUGUACAUAUAUUGUUACAUCUGAGGAAACUUUCUGUAAAAUUUUUUCUGUCUUGAUGAGGAUCCUAGCUUACCAAUAAGGUCACCAAAUUCCUUAGUUCAUUUUGGAUGCUUGUAAAUCUAAAUACUGGAGUAGUGAAUAAAAUCCCAAAUGUUGCUCAUACAAAACACAAAGAAAUCUGGAAGAGCUCAGAGACUGAUCAUUUGGGGGACAUGAGUCUUGGGAAUGGGAAUCUUGCAAUUGUUCCCAGGUAGAGUGAAUGUCUUAGGUUGGGGAGAAAUGGUGAUCCAGCCUAGAUGAACAAAAUGAUGGCUUAGACACAGAAUGAAAACUAGCUUGAUGAUUUCCUUGAGUCAGUGGCAGACACUCUUUAAUAACAACCCUAUUCCCUAGGUAGUUCAGAGCUCUAAAACAACUCUUAAGUGCAUAGCCACCCUGGCCCCAUCCCACUUCUUCCCCAAAGCCAAAAAAAAAAAAAAAAAAAAAGAUUGACCCUUCUUUCUAUGGCAAACACUAUAUCAGAAAUAAGCAGAAAUUUUUAGAAGGUGCUGUUGGUAUUUUAUUUUGACAAUCUUGGAGUAAAUGAGCCCUAUCCCAGCAAAGUAUAUGAUUGAAAAAAGGAGUAGUUGUAUUUGUAUUCUAACAUGGCAAAGCAUAUCAUGGGUACCUAAUAAAAUGUUAACAAUUUUUAAA